GGAGGGCAGCCGGCGGGUGCGGCGCGGGGCCGGGCGGGCGGUGACGCGCUCGGGGGCGGAGGGCCGCCUCGGCCGCCUCCUGCUCCUCCUCCUGCCCGCUGCCCGGCUCUGGUGCGAAGAAGGAGCCGAAGCAGACGGGGGGUCGGUGGCGGCCGAGGUGGAGCUGGUGGUGAACAGUUUCUAUCUAAGCACUUGAAGCGAGAACGAAUGAUUAGCUGCCAUUUCUCUGAGGAGAGAGGGAGUGGAUUUGCUGAUAAAGACACUCUUGUAUUGCAUGUUUCACCAUCCAACCAGUGUUUUAGCUGUGGACUCAUCUAGAUCUCAGUCCAGUGCAGCAGAAACCGAGAGGAGGAGAAGAAACCGUUCUUUACCAUGAAUCGUUACAGCUUCUCCAACCUUCUGGACUGGAUGUAUGGUGGAGUGGACCCAAGCUUUGAAGGUAACGGGGGUUCUGAAUGCGCUGCUUUCCUCCCAUGGCAACAGCGUCUGCUGGAGAGCUUAAUUUUUCUAAGUGUGGGAGUCCUGGAAAUCCUGGUUUCUCUGCAAAGGAUUAAACGAUCCCAUUCCAAGGAGGUGGGAAAUCUGCUGGCUCAGUCUCGGAACAAGGAGGAAAGCUUGGGGAAAAACCUCCUGCUGGUGUUCCUUUGCCUCACUUUUGGAUUGGAACUGGGGUUCAAGUUUGCAACCAAGACUGUCAUCUACUUGAUGAAUCCCUGCCAUGUGGUCACUAUGCUGCAGAUUUUUCUGCUUGCCUGCCCACCCAGCCAGCUUGCCAUGAUUAUCUUCAGGUUGCAGAUGCAUAUGCUAAAUGGGGCACUCUUGGCAUUGCUGUUUCCUGUAGUUAACACACGACUGCUACCUUUUGAAUUGGAGGUUUAUUACAUCCAGCAUGUCAUGCUGUACAUUGUUCCUAUCUACCUACUACAGAAAAGAGGUAUCUACACUCCUGAGCCGCCUUGGAAUUUCUGGUGGGCUCUGCUGUCCACUGGACUGAUGUUUGUCUAUCACUUCAGCAUUUUACAAAUUCUAGGACUGGUCACAGAAGUGAACUUGAACAACAUGCUGUGCCCGGCCAUCUCGGAUCCUUUCUAUGGCCCCUGGUAUAGAAUCUGGGCAUCCGGCCACCAAACAAUCAUGACGAUGGUUCAUGGGAAACUCAUAACCAUUGUCUUUUACGGUGCUGUUCCUGUCCUUCAGUUUUUCGUGGAUUUGCUUCGGCUCCCGGCUAAGAAAAUAUAUUGACUCUUCUCCACAGAGGAAAGUGCUUGCAGGCAGUGGAAAAGACCCGGGGAUGGGUAAGGGAUCACACAUUAGCAGUUCCCGAUGUUGCGAAGGAAAGUGUUCUCCCCAUCACCCCGACUAUUUUCUUCAAUGCCCACUGCCAAUGGUGAAAUUUGUGGCCUUACCCAAGGAGAGGGUGAUAUUUAUUUGUUGUACUGUUUGUAAUCUCGAGAGCAGAAUCCUGGACCUUUUUUUAGCCUGAAGAAUUUCAGAGUCCUCGCCUCUUGGGAUCCAGUAAAGGGCCUCCUUUACUAUGAUUAUUUUUACCAGCUAUCCUGUGUGUGUUUAACUUUGCCAAUUUUAAUUAUAGGAAGUAAAAGGAAUAGGAAGGGCACUCUGUUUGGCAUACAAGGCACUGAUUGUUUGCACAAGGCAGACGUUGCCUUUUUCAUUGCUUCAUUUUGCCCACAGACACUAUUGCAGUUGUUUUGUGGGGGGGGGGAGGUGUCCCCUGUUCCAUCCCUAUAAAUUAGCAAGGUUCUGUUCUAGCAAAGUCAGUUGAAACAGUGGGCCACAAGAGGGAAGAAGGUCCUGUCCAGCCGUUGACUUUUUCCUCUGCACUCCAGUGUGCUCAAAUCCCACCAUAUCUGGUAGUCUAGGGAUUGCUCUUCUAACUGAGCUGGGGGCGGGGGGGACCAUGAUGCUGAAUUUGGCAUCUAACAAAGCAGGGACUUAAAAUUAUGGUGCAUUUUGUCUCUGCUGUGAGCAACAUUUGAAUAGGAAUAAUUGUCCUUUUAGACUGCCAACUUGGCUUGGAUCAAAUUAUACCCCUCUGCAAACUGAGGUGUAUUCUCAAAUUAAUGACAGCUUUCACAGGGCUGCCCUGUUACUCAGCAGCAUUAUCUACUCUCCCGAAGAACCAUAGCACCGCUCAGGUUUCACUGGCUGUGUAGAGACACCACAAGUGGAUCCGGGAUUUCUUGGGAAGAAUGAAAUGGGCUUAUAUUCUGGGUGAGAAUUAGCAUAACUGAUGGGAGACCAGUGAAAUCUUCUCACCCGUUUUGGACUGGCGUUGCAGGAACGUGUGAUUCUCUUUCCCCCUCCUCCCUCCCCAUUAUGCCUUAGGUUACAUCUCCUCAGUUGGGAAAUUGUAAGCUGCCCCACUGCCAUAAUUCCUGUGGGCAAAUGGAUCCAAUUGGACAAGUCCUGCCCCAUGCAGCCAGCGAUACCUCAAGAUCUUGCCUUAAAAGUCAGCUCAUCUCGCCAACAAGGGAAGAUGCUGGGGUGUGGGAGGGAUAGGGGAGAAGGGACAACCAAGUAUUUCUGUCCUGUUAACAAAACUUGACGUUAUUUGUGAAUUAGCAUCCAGAGAAGAGUUGCCAGGUCUUCUGUUUUUGGAUUCAUAAACCCCUCCUUUGGACCAUCUCAGAUCGUGGCCCGGUGAGGAAUUUUGUGGACGUUAUACUGUGACUACUCUUUACUGCCACAAACCGACAAAAUGGCACUUGGUUGCACAGUGAUGAGCUUGUAUUUCGCAGCCCAGCGCAACAUUCGUCCCUGCACAUCUCAUCUCUGUUUUCUCCUUUGAAGAGAGAUGUGAUAGGAGAUGUUCCACAUAGUGUUGCAUUUAGUCUGGUGAAUCUUCACACCUCUGUUUAAGCACAUCUGCUGUUUUGGGACUAAACAGGCAACGAAAUGCCCAGCUAAACAGUACAGCAUUGAUCCCUUGUAUCUUUAGGGGUGGGUGUGAUGGGGGUGUGUGUGUGAGAGAAGAGUCCCCAUCCCCCAGGUUAGAAAACACUUCAGAAUUUUCUGUCAUUCAGCAGUAUAAGUCCAAAAGUACAGAAACCUGGAAUAUUUUUAAACAGCGAAUAUCUUGAACUUCAUAAAUACAUUUAAUUGUUAUAGACAGGGUUCUUUAAUUGUGUCAGCGAAGCUGAAGGGUGAUCAAGUUUUUUAGGAAUAUUCUCACAACCCCCUCCCCCCACAUAACCUUUAUUGUGUUCUGUGGUUUGAAUGGAUCUCCUGGAAUGUUUUGCUUGACAGUUGCCCCUGGCGUGGCCCUUUCCACAAGCUCUGAGCUUGCUGCCUUAGUUUCUCAGCCUAUUUUUGUGUAUGUUGGGGCUACCUGGCCUCAGUGACAAGCACUUGGAGCUCUCUUUGAGAGGUUACCUUUCUUGACAGUUCCACUAAUUCCUUCCUACUGUUUUCCCCUUUGGGGCAUUCCAUACAAAUGCACUGAAGAAUGUCUACUACAUAUAGAGUCCAGGCCUGUCUACCCCACCUUUUCCCCCUGAGGCAGGUCAUGAAAUCAGAAAUGGCAUUUCUUGUAGUCUUGACUCACUAAAAAUUCAUUUAGAAUUACCAGAUUGACAGUAUCAUUCACAUAUCUGACUGAUUGACUAAGUUGACUUGUUUGCUGCAAGUGUGACACCACUGUGUCGCUUAAAAAUUCUUGGCUGUUUGUUGGACUAACUUCAGCUUUCCACAGUGGUAAAGAUCAGUGUCCUACAUUCUGUCAUUCAUCCUCUAGUAUACUGUGAGUUAAAGUUACUAUUCUGGAGUAGAUCAAUGUAGAAUAAACACUUCCAACAUACUCCUUUGUAAAUAAUCGGAGUUUCCUUUUGCCAGUCAUGGAGCUGCCUUGAAAUUGGCCAACUCAUUUGCCAAUUCAACAAAGAAUUCAACAAAGAUAACUCCUGCAUCGAGGGCAUCCCCCAAAUGGACUUGUGAAUAAUAGAGAUUUCUUGGGAUUUUAUAUCUUGGAAGCAUAAAGACUUACCAUUAACUUGGCAAAUUUCAAUGGUGGAACCACCCAGUUUUAAAAAACCUGUGCAUUAAAAACUGAUUGGUUUUACUGUGAGAACUGGAAGUUACCAGCAUCCUCUAGAAAAGCAAGAUUUUUGGUACAAGAAUUACUCUGUCUCUGUGCUGAGGUGGAUGGCUACCCCACAGCAUAGCCGAAGUGUAGUCAGUUUAAGAAAUGGCUUCUGAAUGCCAGCCAGGACAAGUGUGCAAAGGGGGGAAUAUUCCUUGUUUCUCUUGCUAGUGCUCAAAACACAGGACUGCAAGGCACAAGCUAUUUGAUGGGUUGGAUCCCAAGCACGACUAGGAGGUUGAAGCUGGUAGGGUGGGCCAUCCCUACUUUCUCCCCUUGCUGCCGUCUACAGAACUAUGCUGGGUGUGUGUGUGUGUCAAAGGACCCCCAGAGAUGGGGUGGGGUGUAGGGUAGGGUUCUGUAGUAGAAAGAGGGAAUUGGCAAACUUGGCUUGUUUUUCCUUCAGCAACAGAAGUUCUCUUCUGUGGAUGUAACAGAAGUUACUUUGUUGAAUAGUACCUUGUAGAUCCACCUUGAUGCUGGGCAGAGAUCUUUCUUUGGUAGUGACUUUUGCUUCAAGUACCAGCCCUGGAGAAGACAAACAGGGACAGGUAAGCCUCGUGCUCAAACCACAGCGAAUGCUGUCCGUCAUAUCAUGGCAUUUCAUAUGUCUGCCUGAGCUUUGCUAGUUUUAAGAGAUGCCUUCUGAAAGAUGUUCCAACCAAUACAGACAUGCAGAGGGAGAGAUACCUGUGGCACUAUCAGAAUGCAUUCAGUUUUCCAGCAACUGCUGUGUCUGAUCUUUCAGGCCCGAUCUCUGACCAUGCUCUGUCCAGGGCUUUAUUACAACCCCCGAGGGCUAGGUUCUGUACAGCAGCACCUGUCUUUUGUAAACAAGUGGUGGGAACAAUCCGUUUGUGCACUUUAACGUUUUAAGAGUACCUCAGUGUAACUUACUAUCCUCCUGUAGCCUACACCAGGCUUUUGAUAUUUCUGUACAUUUGAUAAAUUCAGUGUUUUGUAAAGCCUUUCUCUGGUUCCUCUUUUAGAAUUGGCUCCUUGCUCAUUACAUACUUGAUUUUCUGGCCUCUGUGAUCUUUAUUCUCAUCCUGAUUUUCUCUACAUUUGCGGUUCCAUGGUGGGGUGGAGUAAAACUAAGCUACAUUGUGCCAUCUAUAUUUUCUGUAGUAAUAUUCAUGGGGGUUUUGUUUCUCAGAGCAGGGGACGAAGAGGACAUUCCAGAGGCAUAAUGUUGCCCGUUUCUCAACCGUGUUGUGGGGUUGCUACUAUAUCCCUGCCAAACCACACCAAGUGAGGUUUGUUCAGCCCCCCUUCCCCCUCCAGCGGAACCCUCUGGUGGUUUACCUGCUGUUUCCCAGAAGUGUCCUUGGAUAGAUGUACAAUUUUUCCUGUUUGCAGUUUUGGCAAAAAAGCCAAGCAGUUGUCUAACUUUUCAAAUUGUCUUGCUGUGCUUUUUCUGUAUUUUUUCUCAGUAUUUCAUUUGUUUCAGUCAUGAUCAUUCAGUCUUCUGCUGCCUGCGUGAUGAUCUGCAAUGAAGUUUUGAAACUGGUGACUUCCUCUUUUCUCUUCCAGAGCAACGUGGAUGCUUUUUCCACUGCUUCCCAGUCACUUGUAGUAUAGUAAAUUUUUGUAAAUUUUUGACUGUACCCUGGUUAUCGGGCAACAUUUUCAAGAGAAUUUUGUGUAUUCAGGAUAUAUUUUUUUUGUAAUGCUGUCCCCAGUGUCUCAUCUCUAUAAAUAAAACUCUGCUCUUUGGCUA